AUGCCAGAACAAGGACAAGUACUGCAGUCUCGAGUGGUUCGCAGAAGAAAUCCACGCCCAAUUAAUUCUUGUGUCGAAUGCCGAACUCGGAAGUCGCGAUGCUCGAAAACACACCCCUGCCAGAAUUGCACCGCCUUUGGUCGCGAAUGCAUCUUCAUUACCGUCCCAGAGAGCGCGGCGCGCAAGAAGGAGAGGGAGCAGAGAGAGCGCGCAGCUUCAAAGUCGGGCUCCAAUGUUACCGUGCCGGACUGGACUAGGAACAUUCCGGUGCGCACGCAGAGCUCGACCAGCUUGCCUGAUCAUGACCCGUACGAGAAUCCAAAUUCUGUCAACACUACCACGCCAGGAACUCCGCCCCGCGACUACGAAUGGCAGGAGUACCAGCAGGAUGUCGAAGUUGAUAGAGGAGAUGCAUGGGAGCAACUCCCUGCGGAGCCUGAAGAGACCCAGGACGACGUGUACGAAGAUGAGAAUGACGACGAAGACCAGAUUGCGACGGACCUUACCAUCAGGAUAGGACGGAUGAUCAUUUGUGAAAACGUAACUGGCUUUUUUCGCCCUCAAUAUGCUGAAGAGGUACUGUCUGCUCCAUCCACCUGCCCCCGCAGGGCGUUUCAGCUGGGCAAGCUUGUCGCGGAGCGCAAUGCCUCAAUUUCAUCAGUCGCGGGUCAAAGGCAAUCGCAGUCGUCCGCGUUGCUGUCAGCAGAGCAGAUGCCGUCUCUGGCGCCAGCGUUAAAUCUGCUGCUCGGCGGCUCGAUAUCUGCACACAGCAAUAACGAUAUCAGUGCCCCGCAGUUGCCCACCAAGAUGGAGGCAGAGGCGCUCUUCCAGCGAUACUUGGACGCGGUCGAUCCUAUGGCCCACGUCUUACAUAUCCCUUCUUUCAAACGGCUCUUCGAGCGAUUCUGGAUGAAUGUCGAAAUUGGCAGCCCAAACCAGAACUCAUGUACUGCUCUGAUUUUGGCAGUUUGUAUGGCAGCGGCUGCAUCCGUCUCGCCACUGCAAGCAAAAUCACAAUUCGGCAUCACCAAAGAGGAUUUGUUCUUGAGGCUACAAAAGGCCACUGAACGAGCUCUCCUGCGUGCCAAUUGGGCGAAAACGUCAAAUAUCAGAACGCUCCAGGCGCUGACAAUUUAUCUGAUCCCCCUUUGUAGAGCGCAGAUUUCCAGGGCAACAUCUGUUGUGGUCGGCGCACUUGUCCGCCUGGCACAGUGCAUAGGCAUUCAUCGUCUAAGUCACAGCUCUGCGACCAGCCUUACCCCUCUGCAGCGCCAUGUCAGAUCCCUGCUGUGGUAUCAGAUCUGUUUCCUCGACUUCAAGACUGCGGAAGCGCAAGGUCCUCAUCCAUCGAUCCGCUCUGACGAUGUGGACAUUGCUAUGCCACUCAACGUUGACGACGACGUCUUCGAGUUUGGUAGCUCGCAGUGGCAGCAGAACCCAACGUCGGUGCAUGGCUGGACCGAUGUCACACUUUCACUCAUCCGAUACGAAUGCAACGAGAUCCAUCGCUUGAUCUUCCGCGGCAGGAUUGAGAUGGACCGCAAACACAUCACUCUGCACGACCUCCGUGCUCGCGUCGAGGCCCGGAAACGCCAGAUCCAGAGCAAGUACCUGCAGUUCCUUGACGCCACAGUCCCUCUUCAGCGCUACGCAGGCCUCGUUGCGACCCUGCUCAUGUCGCGCUGCGACUCGAUGCUGCUGUAUCGGCAUCUCCCGCAAACGUCUCUGCAACCGCGGUCAGAGUCGGAGAACCGUCUGCGCGACGUGCUUCUCACCGCGGCCCUGACCACGCUAGAAAUCGGCGCCACGCUCGACACGCUUCCGUCGCUCAGCUCCUGGGCCUGGUACUCGACGACGUACCAGCAGUACCACGCGGUCCUGCUACUCCUCACCGAGCUCUACCGCACGCCCGAUCUCCCGCGCAAGGACCGCAUGAUGACGAUGAUCGACCAUAUCUUCGGGCACUGCUACGGCAUCAGCGUGCGCGAGCGGUGCUCGGACCUGCUGUGGACGGUCAAGGAGAACCUCGAGGCCUUCUACGUGAUGAAGGGCUUCAACAAGAAGCGCCAGAACCUCGCGCCCCAGCAGCACCCCACGCUGCAGCCGCUGCCCAGCUUCUCGUCCACCAGCCCCAACUACGUCGGCCAGACCCCGCGCUUGUCGCAGGGCCCGCAUGGCCAGCUGCAGCGCACGAGCACGCUAGACGGGCUGAAUGUCGACUUUGAUAGCAUCCUGGGCAGUCUGAAUGGCGGCGGUGGGAAUGCAGAGGACUUUGACAUCUUCGGCAACAUGGGCAGUAAUAACGGCGGGGGCGAGGCGAAUGCAAUCUUCGUGCCGGUGGACAGCGGGGUGCAAGGGUCGGGGGAUUUUGGGACGACGAGUCCAAACGGAGGGCUACAGCAGUGGGAGAACUGGAAUUUCCCGAACGCACAACCCAAGUAUGAAAGUUAG